GGCACUUACGUGAAAAGCGAAUGUUUGAUACGGUCCCCAAAUCGGAACUAAUCAAUACAUAUUAGUUGCGCGAGCAUCGCUAUUAAUACGAUCGACCAAUCUGCGACAGAGAGAGGGAAUUAUAAAAUUGCUUCGAAAAUGCACAUGGAUAAAAAGGAACGCUCAUAACAAGUGUAUCAUUUUGUUCAUUUGUCACUAUUCGAAGAUCAUCUAGAGGACAGACUCAGAGACAAUUAAGAAGCAAGUAUGGCUAUUGCUGUGUAUCUAUUGGAGCGAUGCACUGAAAAACUGAACGUGCAUCUUACAGCGUUGCUGAUUCUUGUAACAUCGAUACUCAUCUACGCUUUGAGAAGGAGGGAUUUUUCGCUGCCACCCGGCCCGACGGGGUUACCAAUCUUGGGGAAUAUCUUACAGAUGAUCCCAGAUGUACAUGUUAAACUAAGCGAGAUGGGAAAGAAAUACGGAGAUGUUUUCACCGUGCAUCUAGGCCCUGUGCCCGUGGUUGUUUUAAACAGUUAUGAGGCUAUCAGAGAAGCAUUUGUCCAUCGUGGAAGCGGGUUCAGCGGGCGUCCCCAAACCUUCAUGGUGGACCUUAUUAAAGAGGGUAGAGGACUCGGUAUGGCUCAAGGCAACCACUGGAAAGAACAGCGCAAAUUUACACUGGGGAUGUUCCGCCAGUACGGCUUUCAAAACUGGGAUUCCACCAUGGAAUCAAAGAUCCACGACGAGCUUGAGAAUUUCAUCGGGGAACUCCAAUUAAAGGAAAACCAACCAUUUGACGUUCAUUUCCUCAUGGGCAGCGCUGUAUCGAACAUCACCUGCAACGUCAUAUUUGGGAGACGCUUCGAGUACACCGACUCUGAAUUUCUGUACUAUCUGAAGUUAAUCGAUGAUGAUUUCAAGCACUACGCCAGGACCGUGUUCGUGAAUGCUUUCCCCUGUUUGAGGCAUCUUCCCGGGGAUUUGUUCUGGUACACCAAAACCAUUAACCACUUCCAGAAGGUAAAAGACUUCGUUGGGCGCAUCAUUACGCAACACAUCGAGCGAUAUGAUGAGAACAACAUCACUGACUUUAUCGACGCCUACAUCAAGCAGAUGCGGCAAGAAGAACAGAAGAACAACUCUGAUACUUCUUUCACACUGCCUCAAUUACAAGACCUCAUCUGGGAUCUCUUCUUGGGCGGUAGCGAAACGACAACAACCACUUUGCGAUGGGCCCUGGCGUACAUGAUUCGUCAUCCGGACGUACAAGAAAAGGUAUACCGAGAAAUAAGCAUGAAUAUAGGUACAGAACAACCUUCCUUCGAACACAGACGUCAUCUUCCUUACACAGAAGCAGUGCUGGCUGAAAUACAAAGACUAGCAAAUAUAUUCCCCCUAGCGGUGCCCCACGCAACUACAGAUGACGUUGAGUUUCGAGGUUAUGUUAUUCCAAAGGGCACGAUGGUUUUCCCGAACAUCUACAACCAACAUAUGGACGAGGACGUAUGGGAGAACGCCCAGGAGUUCAACCCAAUGCGAUUCAUUGAUGGGGAUGGCCAAUAUUAUACGCCAAAGCAAUAUAUUCCCUUUGGAAUAGGAAAACGUGUGUGUCCCGGUGAGACCAUGGCCCGAAUGCAGCUAUUUCUCUUCUUUACUACAAUGAUCCAACAAUUUGUCUUCACGAGUCCCAAUAGAGGGGGUGAUGGCCCCAGUCUUAAAGGGCACAUGGGAAUUACAAUAUCUCCAGAGGACUUUGAUAUAUGCGCCACAAGACGUGUUCCAAAUGCUAGCCAAUCAGAUAUCAAACUUCCAUUCGAUACAGAUAUGACGAACUUUGACGCACUGGCCGAUGAUGAGUGUUAUUUACCAGUGGGAAAAAUUGAAUCCGAAGCAAGACACGAUUAAAGUAUGGUGCACGAACUAUAUUUAUUCUAAUCACGAAAAGCAAAACAUUCCUGCAUGCUAUAGAUGCGUGGUGAGGACUGGUUGCCAUGGAGAAUUCCCCAGAUUCAUUCGUUACUAGAGAGACACCGUCUUCAGUAGUGAACACCGAAGAUGGUCGCCACUGCACAAAUACACUGACUAAAUUAAAAAAUUACCUUGACAAAGCACUAGAGACAUAGUUGUUAUGGUGAACACUGGAAGUAAUGGUUACCAUGGUGACCAUCCUACAGACAAUAGCUGCAAUGAAAACUACGAAGGAACAAUCCACAUAAAAAGAAUCUCUACAUUAUCAAUACGAAUCUCAAAUAUACACAAAUGUAUCUCCAGUCCACAUUAGAAAAUGCAUUAUAUGUUCCGUGGUAUAAGCACGAAAUAAAUCAAAUAUAGAUAAUUGACAGGAAUCGACGUCUGUGUAUAUGCGAUGAAAAAAUGCAUGUAUUUAUAAAUAUCACAAAUAUAUUUAGGUAUUAUUUUAUAAAUAACACUCAAAUAAUCUGUUAUACCUGUAAUACGCACAAUAUUUUUGCAAAAAGCACAAAUCAAAAUGUAUUAUAUUAAUACCAAAUGUUAUAUACUAUUAUAGCACAUUAAAAUGUUCCGUGUGCCUAUAAUUUUAUACAAAAUAUAUUCUUUAUACAUAUGUUAUAAUGUAGAAUAUUUGCAGUAUUUUUAUGAAACGAGAAAAUGAUGAGAUAUCAUAGACAAUGAUGAGAUCUCAUAGACAAUGAUGAGAUGUCAUAGACAAUGAUGAGAUGUUAUAGACAAUGAUGAGAUGUAAUAGACAAUGAUGAGAUAUCAUUCACACACAUUCAUAUGUCAAACAUACAUUUCAACAAGAAGCCUAAGUUAAAAGAAAUACAUAAAAUACUCUAUCUUCAUGUACAAAAUAAACUAUUUACACAAUAUAUUCUUUAAUAUUUAUAUAUGUUAAUGAUCUGUCCAUGUUAUAAAUAUAGUAAAACGUUCUGUAUAAAAUUGCACAAAUAUGCUACAGUAUUAAUUAUAAGUAUCUGUAAACUAUCUCAGUUGGGCUCACGCUGUACUAAGUGAUUUAAUCCGAGCACGUUGUUGUUAUGGUUACUACAUAAUAUUUCAACAUAAUACCAGAUUGUGUUAAUCGAGUGUUUAUAUUUAGUGACUGUUAUUGUAUGAUAUAUAUGUACGGAAUGUUACAAAUACAGAAUAUAUAUAUAAUUAUUUAUUGAUAAUAAUAAUUUUAAA